UUCUAGUUUCUGGUUCUUUAGAGAGAGCCUCGAGGCUGGGCUAGUGAUAGGGGAAGCAGAAGGUCUGGCUUCCCCUGGAUGUUGAUCCUUCUCUCUCCCUUCACCCUCCAGAGCCACACACUGAUGGAGACACCUCUUGAGAAGGCCCUGACCACUAUGGUCACCACUUUCCAUAAAUAUUCGGGGAGAGAAGGCAGCAAACUGACCCUCAGCAGGGAGGAACUAAAGGAGCUGAUCAAGAAGGAGCUGUGUCUUGGAGAGAAGAUGAAGGAGAGCAGCACUGAUGACCUGAUGAAGAGCCUGGACAAGAACAGUGACCAGGAGAUCGACUUCAAGGAGUACUCGGUGUUCCCGACCACGCUGUGCAUGGCCUACAACGACUUCUUCCUGGAGGACAGUGAAUGACCAGGGCUCAGCCCCUUGCCCCUGGUCUCUGCAACCCCUCUCACAGCUCCUCUCUGGUCCCUUGCCCUCCUCUCCCUUCUGGAUGGACCCCGCUUCAGCCUUCCCUUCCAGCAGGGGAAAUAAAGAUUUUCCAUUCCUGGCUGGUUUUGAGGAA